AUGGUCCAAAUCGCCCUUUCUUCAGUCACUUUGCUCUUCCUGGUGGCUCUCGCAGCUGCUUCUCCUGCUCCUCUUGUAGACUCUCGGGAUGCAGUUGCUGUGGGUGACUGGUCCUGGGAACAUUGGGUUGAGACAAUCAUUGCCGACCCUGAAAGCGCUUUAUCCGUCGACGAAGCCCUUGAAGCUGCGGCCAAAUCCGCAGCGGCUCACAAAGAUGGCUCACUUGAUAAGAGACAGGAGCAGUUUCUCGUAUGCAACGAUGGCAAGCCUUCCGCUUGGGCACCUGAUGCUGUGACGUGUAUUAACUACCUUGCCGGUCUCAACGCAAAUUGCGGGACUAGAACAGCGACGGCGAUGUGUACCGCUGGUAAUGCGCAAAUUGUUGGAAGUGGCAGUGGAGCUGGAGAAGUGAGCACCAACUGUAACAACGUUGCCCGCACUGCUGGACGCAUCAUGGAUCGCUGCUGGAGAUCCGACAACACCGUUCAGGGAGGCAUGCCGGCUUACGAACAAGGCGCCAUGUGGGUUUACGUCUCAGCUCCUCUGAUUUGA